AUGAAAGCCCUUGCUGCCUUGCUACAUCAAAUAUUUUUAUCUCAGAAACAUCUUCUAGUUUACACGGAGUCAAGUUGGGCAAAGAACAAUACCAAAAUCGCCAAAAUAGCCCAUGAAAUGUGGGAUAUCAUAGAGAAUAUAGCUAUGGGCUCAAACACCGGAAAUAUAAUAUGUGUACUGGACGCUCUAGACGAGUGCGACGCUUCCGAACGAAAAUUCUUGCUGAAACAAUUACAAACGAUGUAUAAGGUUACUGUCCCUGAAAUCGUCGCUCAUUCCUCGAGCUCCAGUCUCUCCGAUGUCUCACUUAAAUCACACAUGACUGUUGAUCCAGGAAUUUCGACAAUCCCUUCUGGCUCACCCACUUUGAAGGUGAAAUUCCUUAUCACUAGUAGGCCUUACUAUGAGAUUGAAGAGGAAUUCAAAAGCCUCACGGAUGUGUUUUCAGGAAUCCGCUUGGCAGGUGAGGAUACUACGGCAACAAUAAAGGAGGAAAACAACCUCGUCAUUGAUGCUGAGAUAGAUAGGCUCAAACUUCCAUCAAAGGCGGAUACUCGGCUUCGCUCUCGGUUGAAGGAUAUAGAACAUCGAACUUAUCUCUGGCUAUAUCUCGUCAUGGAUACGAUACGCCUUCGAGCCAAAGCUAGUAGACAAUUAAAGACUUUUGAAAAAAUACUAGACGCGGAAUUACCUUCUACCAUUGACGAGGCGUAUGAGGCGAUUCUGAGUAAGAGUCCUGAUAAGAAAGAGGCCACAAAGUUACUUCACAUUGUGGUCGGUGCAGAGAGACCUUUAGUAUUGGAUGAGCUUAACAUUGCCCUCAAUAUAGAUAAAUCCUACGACGGAUCUCAAUCUUUUGAGAAUAUCGAGCUUGAGGAUCCCGAACUAUUCCCCAAGAGAAUUAGGGAUAUUUGUGGUCUUUUUGUUUCCAUUUCUGAUUCUAGAGUAUACCUCAUUCAUCAGACCGCGAAAGAGUUCCUGAUAGCGAAUGACUCAAGUCUCGUAGCAACAGGAUGGAAACACAGCUUGCACCCAUAUGAUUCUCAGUCUAUAUUGACUCAGAUUUGUGUCUCGUACCUCUACUUGAGUACGUUCUCGGAAAUCAAUACUAAAGCUCAGUGCUUCAUAACGUCGCCUGAAGCCCAACCACACAUUACGAAUCAAGGCCGAUUUAAAUUGCUGAAAUAUGCAUCAGACUAUUGGAUGAAACAUUGGGAGAUAUCUUCCUGUAAUAUCGACAUACUGACCAUCGUUGAAUUAUGCUCACCAACAGUUCGACGCUCCAUAUGGCUUCGAGCUUGUUUAGAGGGGUUGCCCCCCCAAACACCUACGGAACAUUGCUUAUAA